GCCGAAGGCAGCUGCCGCUUGACCACGACUUCCAUCUCUCCUUUGUUCUCCUCCUCGCGCUCCUCCGCUGCCCUCUCGCGCUACCCAAAUCUCUCCUGUGCACUACCUGGCAACUGUAGGCGAGCUAUGGGCGGGUGCGCGUCAAAGCCCGUGGACCUGGAAGCGAAAGCCCGGUCCGACGACAUCGACAAGAUGAUUGAGGAGGAUGGGAAACGGCUCAAGAAGGAGUGCAAGAUUCUGCUGCUCGGCUCCGGCGAGUCCGGCAAGUCGACCAUCGUCAAGCAAAUGAAGAUCAUCCACCAGGACGGCUUCAGCCAGGACGAGCUCAUCGCCUUCCGCCCCAUCAUCCACCGCAACGUCCUCGACUCGGCGAAAGCCAUCCUCGUCCACAUGAAGAAGCUCAGCGUCGAGUGCGAGGACUUCAAGAACCGACCCUUGCAGGACAAGAUCCUCGACUACCAGCUCGACGAGACGACGAACCUCACCAUCUCCCCCGACAUUGCCGAAGCCAUAGACGCCUUCUGGAAGGACCCGGCCGUCACCCGAAUCAUUGACGAGCAAACUAGCCAUUUCUAUCUCAUGGACAGCGCGACCUACUUCUUCACGGAAGUCCUACGCAUUGGCGAGCCCAACUACAUCCCCACCGAGACGGACGUGCUCCGCGCACGAGCCAAGACGACAAGUAUCACCGAGACGCGCUUUACGAUGGGGCCAUUAUCAAUACACAUGUUCGACGUCGGCGGCCAGCGCUCAGAGCGGAAGAAGUGGAUACACUGCUUCGAAAGCGUAACCUCCAUCAUCUUCUGUACCGCCCUGAGUGAAUACGACCAGUCGUUGCUGGAGGAGAAGAACCAGAACCGGAUGGCGGAGUCCCUCGUGUUAUUUGAGUCAAUAAUCAACUCAAGAUGGUUUUUGCGAACAUCUAUCAUUAUCUUCCUGAAUAAGAUCGAUGUCUUCAAGUUGAAGGUGCACAAGGUUCCACUGGAGCGCUACUUCCCGGAAUACACCGGCGGCAAGGACCCGAACAAGGCGGCGAAGUUCAUCCUGUGGAAGUUUAUGCAGGCGAAUCGCGCGGGGCUGAGCGUGUAUCCACACUUAACACAAGCAACCGACACGAGCAAUAUUCGUCUGGUGUUCGCUGCGGUCAAGGAGACAAUACUACAAAACGCGCUGAAGGACUCAGGCAUUCUAUGACCUCGAGGGGAGGGUCUCUGGGCGACGCCAGAAACUCCGAACGACGCCUCCGGCCUCGCCGGCCACGACAUCUCCUGCGACGGCAUGCAUGGCACGAAUCACCCUUAGACAUUCGCAUCGUCAUUCCUUCGUUUUCGCGCGGGGCGCCCUCUUACGCCUUUCACCGCGGUGGGAGUACACCAAUCCCGCCGCUGUUGUAUUUUUUAUUACGCCCCUCCCCCUCAUGCCAUGCCCCGCGUCGUAUUACGACCCGCCGCGCCCACCCCAAUCAUGACCCUGCCUCAACGCACAUUUUCUACCUUAUCCCCUGCACACACUAUAUAUAAUGCAUUCAUGAUUACCUGUAGCCUUGUUUCAUGCCUCCCUCGCUUUACCACCUUGUCUUCGCUCCGUCGUCGCCUUCCUUCCUCCGCUCCUCUACCUUCGCCCCUCCCACCUCGUCACUCCAUGGCGCCAUCGACCACCACCUCUUCAUCUUCGCAACAUUUGGACCCUUCUCCACCCUCGGCGUCUUGGUUCGCUUACGUCUGCGGAAAUCUGUAUAUAAUCCUGGGUUUUCUGUAAUAGUAUUGGUUCCUCCCUAUAGAUGAGGCGGGGGCAUGCCAGCAUAUCCGACCUCGAGGACGUCGAGCCCAGGUUCAAUGGGGAAGUGGGAUGCGCGUGGUUCCUGCCCUCAGUGCCGUACAAGUGUAGGAUUGGGUCCGCAGAAGGUGCGGGGAUCUGAACAGAGUGGACAAGGACGGAGCAAUCAGGUUCGACAGAGGGUGGUGUCGUGUCGGUCAAAAUCGAGAGCGAUCUCGGAAGAAAGCAUCUUGGUAGGACGCCGACAUGGGAGAGACGUCGACAUGUCUAGAUCUGCGGCAGAUUUGAUGUAGUAUACGCGUUGCUUUGUUGACUAGCAGGAGUUGGACAGCAAUUAGGCCGUGU